AUGAAGCUCUUUAUAUCCGCAUUAGUAUUUUCAGCUGGUCUGAAAAGCGUGCUGGGUCACGGCUCGCAUGGAAGCGGCAGUGAUGAAGCACGACCGGAAGACUGGGCUCUGUGGCACCUUGAGGAAGAACAUCACAUCUCAAAUUUCGAUCCAUCCUCCUUCUUUACCCUGCAUGACUUCAACAACGACGGUGCCUGGACCGAAGACGAAAUACGGAGGACAUAUGGCCUAGAUGAUGCUUCACUAAAAGAUACCUCAGACCAGGCCAAGUCCGAGGGUGUUAAGGAGGUCAUGUCCAUAUUUGAUCCGGACUCUACUGGACAGAUCACUCGUCCGCAGUUCCUAAAGCACAUAAAGGACGGGAAGAAACUACCAGACCUUGGCCUGGGGCCAGGUCACCAUGGGGACAUGGAGUACGAAUACGAAAUACAUCAUUUUGAGAAGUUUCAUGGACCAGACACAACAGAGGAAGACCUCAUUCACCCUGAAGAUAUUGAACAUUUCAAAAUGCACGAUAUGCUGGAGGACGAGCAGGAAAGGAUCGCCAUUGAGCAGAGCCAGAGUAUUGUCGAGGCGAACAUUCCACUAAAGUUCAAGAAGCAGCAAUAG